UCCCUGCCUGCACAGUGCACACCAACUCACCAACCAGCUGCACCUGCCUGGCAGUGGCAGCGCUGUAGCUGUGCCGAUGGGCAAGUUCGUCGGGAGCUGCGGCAAGCAGCAGUGCCCGCCGGCGGCGUUUCUGACGCUGCGCAGCGGCCGCCGCGUGCCGGCCACGGCCGCCUGCAGCUCGGGGAGCAGGCGCCUCCAGCGUGGCGCCGCCGGACCAGGCCGCCGGCCGUGCGCCAAGAGCGCCGCGCGUCGCUGGGUGCUCGUCGGUUCCCAGCGGGAGGAGCUGCCGUCGUCGCACGCGAAUUCCGUUGUCCGCGACGCCGACGGCUGUGGAGUCAGGCUCGAACGGGACGCGCCGCUCUCCGAUGAGGCGUCCAAACACGACCUCGAGGCCAACGACGACGUAGGCCGCCGGUCGUCGCCGUCGCCACUGGAGGCGGAGAUGGAAGCCUUCUUUGCAGCGGCGGAGCUCGCCGAGCGCCGGCGAUUCGCGGAGGCGUACAAUUACGAUGUCGCCCUCGACCGCCCGUUGGACGGCCGCUUCGAGUGGGCGCCGGUGAGCACGUGAGCCAACGGGACAGGACGGGACAGGGGCAAAAUUGUCAGAUCGUAAGUGUAAGAGUGCAUCUAGCUGGGGGAUCAGAGUUACUCCUGUUAAUUUCUCCUGCUAAUUACGACCAGUAGCUAGUCAGUCACCAGUUCAGUUCAUCAGUAAUUCAGUAUCACUGCAAUGUCGCUGCAGGCAACCAUGUAUAGGCUAGGCAAUCCAUUAGAGGAAGCUUCAAUUCCCAGCUCCCCUUGCAGAUUUCUUUCUUCUUUUUCGCGGGAAAUUGCAGAUUUCUUUCAUAAAUAUCA